AUGUCGCACUCGCCGCCAACACACACGCAUGUCGCCGCUGCGGCGGAACGCGCCGUCGACGACCAUGCCGACGACCACACCCAAGCUGCACCCUCCUCGUCCAAGCAGCCAACUGCCCAGCACGGCUUCAACGCCUUUGCACACCUCCUCGACCCUCGCAUCCUCCGCAGCCUCGCAGCGCUUGGUUUCGGCUCGCCCACCCCCGUACAGAAGGAGGCCAUCCCUCUCGCCCUGGCCGGAAAGGACAUCCUCGCACGCGCGAGCACCGGCAGCGGAAAGACGCUCGCCUACGGCCUCCCAGUCCUCCAGAAGGUCAUUGACGCAAAAAAGUCCCUGUCCCGCUCCGACCCGGCCUACCAGGCCACCCGCGCCGUGGUCCUCGUCCCCACCCGCGAGCUCUCGGAACAGGUCACGGGCCAGAUUGGCGCUCUCCUCGAGUACUGCAGGGACCAGGUCUCGAUUGCCAACAUCGCACGCGACGCCUCGAGCUCCGUCCAGAAGCUCCUCCUCUCGGAGCGCCCCGACAUUGUCGUCGCCACCCCCUCGCGCGCCCUCGCCUACCUUCAGUCAAAGUCGCUGCACCUCGCCGCCUCGCUCGAGUCGCUCGUCAUCGAUGAGGCCGACCUCAUCCUCUCGUACGGCCACGACGACGACGUCCGCGCCCUCCUCGGCGGCGGCUUCCUCCCCAAGUCGUUCCAGUCCUACCUCAUGUCGGCCACCAUGACGUCCGACGUUCAGAAGCUCAAGGGCCUCGUCAUGCGCAACCCGGCCAUCCUCAAGGUGCAGGACGACGUCGCCACCGCCUCCAACCUCACCCAGUACUACGCCACCGUGUCCGAGGAGGACAAGUUCCUCCUCACCUACGUCAUCCUCAAGCUCCGCCUCAUCAAGGGCAAGUGCAUCCUCUUUGUCAACGACGUCGACCGCUGCUACCGCCUCCGCCUCUUUCUCGAGCAGUUUGGCCUCCGCUCCGUCGUCCUCAACAAGGAGCUCCCCAUCAACUCGCGCUUCCACAUCGUCCAGGAGUUUAACAAGGGCGUCUACGACUACCUCAUCGCCACCGACGAGACCAGCAUCCGCACCGCCGAGCGCGACGACGACGACGAGGAGGGGGAGGAGAAAGGAGCGGACGCCAGCGACGAUGACGACGACAAUGACAACGCCACCGCCGAGGCGAAGCAGAGCGACGAGGAUCCCACCGCGACACCGUCCAAGAAGCGCAAGCGGGACGCAGCGGCAAAGUCUGCGGCCGCCGACGUCGCCUCAUCGAGCAAGAGCAAGAACGGCGGCGGCGGCACCGGCACCGGCACCGGCAAGAGCGCCGAGUUUGGCGUGUCGCGCGGCAUCGACUUUGUGGCCGUGUCGUGCGUCAUCAACUUUGACCUGCCCACGUCGGUGCGCUCCUACACGCACCGCGUCGGGCGAACGGCACGCGCCGGCGCGACGGGCACGUCGCUCUCGUUUGUGGUGCCGGCCGACAUGGUGCGGAAGCACAAGAUCAUUGCGUCGCCCACGUCGGCGCUCGACGCCAAGGUGUGGCCGCGCAUCGAGCGGGCGCAGCGGGCGCGCGGCGGCGUAAAGGAGUGGAAGUUUGACAAGAAGCAGGUCGAGGGGUUCCGCUACCGCAUGCAGGAUGCGCUGCGGAGCGUCACCAAGCUCUCGAUCCGCGAGGCUAGGAUCCGGGAGCUCAAGGAGGAGGUGCUCAAGAGCGAGAAGCUAAAGGCCUUUUUCGAAGACAACCCAACGGACCUAGCCUACCUACGUCACGACAAGAUCCUGGGCAAGCAGACGCGGCUCCAGGCGCACAUGAAGCACGUACCCUCGUACCUCCGUCCCCGCAUCGUCGGCAUCAAACCCAGCCCCUCGUCCUCCUCUUCCUCCAUCAACGAAGGAGCAGGAAAGGACGGCGAGGUUGGGUUCGUCGCCAAAAAGGCAAAGACCCAACGUGGUCGUGGUGCGGGUGCGGGUGCGGGGAGAGGUAGAGGUGGUGCUGCUCGAGGGCGGGGAGGCCGGGGUGGAAGAGGGGGAGCGGGCGGUUCGAGGGGUAAAAAGUCCGACCCAUUGCGCAAGUUCGGAAAGUAG